AUGUGCCAUAUGCUAUCUGCUGUAUGGCGGUCAUGCAUUUUUGUAAUGGGGAAAGACCUUUUAUACCAAAAGCAUCAAAUAUUUUCUUGCAAAAUCUUGGUUACAGAAGAUAGCAUCAAGGGCACAACACAACGUGACAAGGAGUUUUGGCAACGUAUCAACACGUACUACCAAAGUUCCAACACGACUAGCACUAUAACAGCUCAAACAAAUCUAAAUACACAUUCACAUUACAUGAACCCACUAGGAGUUGCAAUCAAUCAAAUUUAUUUAGUGUUGAAAAGUCAACACUUAAGCAGAUUGUCUGAUGAAGAUUUAAAAAACGGAGUUUUUCAUCAUGAUAGUGCAAGAUAUUCUACAAAUUUCAGUCAUGAUCACAUUUGGAAUUUGUUCAAAUAUAAACUCAAAUGGAAAUUCGUGAGCACUACAUUUGAGGCAUCUAGAUCUUCAUCUAAUGUACAAUACGUUAUCAACUUGGAUGAUAACGAAGAUACAACUCGUCCAAUUGGUACGAAGGCAGCCAAAAAGGCUAUAAAAGGUCAAGUUUCCAAGUUCACCUCGUCAUCAUGUAGUCGACUUGAUGAAAUACUUGAAAAACAUCUGCAUGAUAAAAAAAAACUAUGA